CAUUUUGGUUACACGCGCAGGGCUCCAUUCGAAUGCGCGCGCAGACGUGGGUCACAUAUAAAACUGGGUAAAGUUACACGCAACGUUAAUCUACGCAAAACAUGGCAAUAGAAUUUGAAAAUUACUGGAAAACUGUUUAAGAAUGGGUAAGACACAUUCUCGAAUCUAGCGAAUUUUACUUUCUUAUUCAUCUCGCUCUUAACGGAAGUGACCUUCAAACGGAGAGUUAUCUAACCCAUCAAGUGGAUGGUAUGAUUUUCAAAAACUCCCUAAAAGUACAUAAAUAGGCCCUCACAGCUACCAUUUUUUUAACAAUCAUUCUUCCCUCAAUAACGUAACCCUAAUCACAGUAAUAAUCUUGGAUCUAUUCUCUCAAGUCCCAAAACUCGUAAAAAUGUGCGCUAGACAUAGUCCAAGCUCGCGUUCAAAGAUGGCGCGUGGCGUUGCGCACGCAGCUCCAUCCGGCUGCGCGCGCACCGUGGAGCCUCGGACAAAGCUAGGCGUAAUAUGAAAGCCUUUAAAAAGAAUCCCGAGUGAGGCCCCGAAACCGUGAGAAAUGGCCAGGUCGGGCUCGGAAACGCGUUCCCGACUCGUGCCUCGGAGUUUGACGAGGUCGGAAGUAACCUUCUGGUCGACAUCUCGACCGGGCGGACGCGGGGCGGGCACCGGCCGCCAUGACAGUCGUCGUAUUUUCCGUAAACCGCUCGCGUGAAGUGUCUUCCCGCGUAGGCGUCGGAAUUCCGGGGUCCCCGGGCGUCGCGGCGAGGCGAAACCAGGGCGGCGGACACCCGGAGGAGCGGCUCGGCCGAUCGGCGAUACCUUGGAGGGCCGCGGCGAGGGCGCGGGGCCGCUAUCGGUGAUUUGCUUGUGGGUGCCCGUGGCGAGGUGAGACGUCGAGAGAGGAGGCCCAGCCAGGCGUCCCCCCCUGCCUUGGGAGCGAGCCAGCACGCGCCUGGAGAUCGAGACGAGGCCGUCGGCCGCCGCCGGCGAAGAUGUCGCGCCCGCCGACGACCCGGACCACCACGGAGGACAAUGAAGACAACGGAAAGACGUUGAUCGGCCGUCUUCAUUGAACGAAGAUGAAUAGCGAGCAGCAUGCGCUGCCAGCGACCACGCAGGCACAGCAAGAGGAGGUAAACGCGGAUCAAAGUGGUCGCCCUUCGUACCCCGGUGGUUUGGCUACCGCGACGAGUCUUGGGAAUGUAGGGAGUACCCCUCAUUCCUCCGCAGACCUCCGUGUAGGUACAGCCGUAGCGUUAGCCUCCUCGGUAGCUAAGUAUUGGGUGCUGACCAAUCUCUUUCCCGGACCGCUACCCCAGGUCUCGGUGUACCACCAUUCCCACCACAACUCCUCGCAUAGGAGUAGCGGAAGUGGCGAUACGCCCUCCAAAGAGUCGGCCUCCACGUUGUCCCAGGAGAUGGCGCUGGCCUCGAAUUCCCAUCACCGGACGACGUCCUCGCAUCAUCAUCACCAGCCCUCGGUUAGCACCGGUAGCCACCACAACUCCCUACAAUCGAGUGCUCAGAUCCCAGUUUCGUUACCUGGCCUCAGCUUAGGCGGGACGCAUAUUCCCGCAAGUGUCGGCCACUUGCAGGCUGCUCACGCGCAGAUGCAACAGCAAAUGCAGUCGCAGCAGCAACAGCAACAGCAACAACAACAGCAACAGCAAUUGCACCAGCAGCAGCAGCCCCAACAGCAGCAGCAGCAGCAGCAGCCCCAACAACAGGCGCAUCAUCAGAUGCAACAAAGCCAUCAGAAUGCGCAAAACAGCGGACCCAGCUCGCAAACCCAAAGUGCUCAGCGAGAUGAGAACAAAGUCAAGGACGAAGGGGGCAGCUGCACCACCGAGAGAUGCAGCGACAAUCAGGUGCACUGUCAGGUGCAAUGCGACCUGCAGCUGCAACCGCCUCAGGAUCUCCAGCAGAGCCUGAUGCAGCAGCAGCAACAGCAGCAACAACAGCAGCAGAUCGGGGUCAACAUCAGCGGUAGCUCGACCAGCGAGAACGCCAAUCAGAACAACUCGGAAAAGCCUGAGAAGGAGAAAGAGAUGAGGCAGCUCAACAUGGCACAAUUUCAACUACCCGAUCUGAAGCCAGGCGGUCACAUGAUGGACGUCAGGACGGCGGAUGGUUCGGUGGUUAAAAUAAGCGCCGGAAACGAGCAGGACCUCGCAAAGACCCUGGGAGUCGAAAUGGUCCAGAACAUGUACAAGGUGAACGUCGAGGACAUCAAUCAGCUGCUGGCGUACCACGAGGUCUUCGGGAAGCUGCAGAGCGAGAUCGCGGCGGGGACGACCCUGGUCGGGGGGACGGUUCCUACCCAGACCGUGACCACGAUCCAAAAUGGGACCCCGAUAGUCCAGCAGGUGCAGCUGAACAAGUUUGACAUCAAGUCGAGCGACGGGGAGGCGACCCCAGGUCCUAGCGCGUCCCCGGUCUCGGUGGGCAGCCACGCGUGCGAGGUCUGCGGGAAGAUCUUCCAGUUUCGUUAUCAGCUGAUCGUCCACCGGCGCUAUCACACGGAACGGAAACCCUUCACCUGCCAGGUGUGCGGCAAGGCCUUCUCCAACGCCAACGACCUCACCCGCCACGGGAAGUGCCACCUGGGCGGCUCCAUGUUCACCUGCGCGGUUUGCUUCCACGUGUUCGCGAACGGACCCUCGCUCGAACGGCACAUGAAACGACACGCGACCGACAAGCCCUACAACUGCACCGUCUGCGGGAAGAGCUUCGCCAGGAAGGAGCACCUGGAUAAUCAUACCCGGUGCCACACCGGAGAGACGCCCUACAGGUGUCAGUACUGCGCGAAGACGUUCACCCGCAAGGAACACAUGGUGAACCACGUGCGCAAGCACACCGGCGAGACGCCCCAUCGGUGUGACAUUUGCAAGAAGAGCUUCACCCGCAAGGAGCACUUCAUGAACCACGUAAUGUGGCACACCGGCGAGACCCCUCACCACUGUCAGGUCUGCGGCAAAAAGUACACGCGAAAAGAGCAUCUGGCCAAUCAUAUGCGAUCACACACUAACGAUACGCCCUUCCGCUGCGAGAUAUGCGGUAAGUCGUUCACGAGGAAGGAGCACUUCACGAACCACAUAAUGUGGCAUACCGGUGAGACGCCGCACCGCUGCGAUUUCUGCUCGAAGACGUUCACGCGAAAGGAGCAUCUCCUGAACCACGUUCGCCAGCACACGGGUGAGUCUCCACACCGAUGCGGCUUCUGCUCCAAAUCGUUCACCAGAAAGGAACACCUUGUUAACCACAUCCGCCAACACACAGGGGAGACGCCCUUCCGCUGCCAGUACUGUCCGAAAGCGUUUACGCGGAAGGACCAUCUGGUGAACCACGUCAGGCAGCACACGGGUGAGUCACCGCACAAGUGCCAGUAUUGCACCAAAUCGUUCACGCGGAAGGAACAUUUGACCAAUCACGUGCGUCAACACACAGGCGAGUCGCCACAUCGAUGCCACUUCUGCUCCAAGUCGUUUACGCGUAAGGAGCACUUGACGAAUCACGUGAGAAUCCACACGGGCGAAUCGCCCCACCGGUGCGAGUUCUGCCAGAGGACGUUCACCAGGAAAGAACACCUGAAUAACCACCUGCGCCAACACACCGGCGACUCCUCGCACUGCUGCAACGUCUGCUCCAAGCCAUUCACGAGGAAGGAGCAUCUCGUAAAUCACAUGAGAUGCCAUACCGGUGAACGUCCCUUCGUGUGCACCGAGUGCGGCAAGAGCUUCCCGCUCAAGGGCAACCUCCUUUUCCACAUGCGGUCGCACAACAAAGGCAGCAACGCCGAGAGACCGUUCCGCUGCGACCUCUGCUCCAAAGACUUCAUCUGCAAGGGUCACCUGGUCUCGCACCGGCGCUCCCACUCGGACGAGCGGCCCCACAGUUGCCCGGACUGCGGCAAGACCUUCGUCGAGAAGGGCAACAUGCUCCGACACCUGAGGAAGCACGCCGCCGAGGGUCCACCCACCCAGGUGAGCACCCCCUCGGCGAUACCGCAGCCCGGGGUGCUGCCUAUACCCACCGCGGCGGCGGUCCUGGUGGGACAUCCCCUGGCACCACCUGCGCCUCCUGUCGUGCCGCAACACACCGUCGUGGUACCCACGCCACCUGGGGUCCUCACGUCGUACUAAAAGCGAAGAGAGGGGUGCUUUGAUACGCUACAACUGGGAAGUUACGGAAAUCGCCGCUAGAGACUCUAGUACCGAUGUUGAAGACGACCUCGACGUCUGGGAGGCUGUCACUUGCUUCGAAACUGGAUUUACAUCAACGUGAGCUGUGUGAGGUAUAAUUUGGUGGACUGGUGGUGCCCAUGGAAGUGCUUGGGAUGGACAACUUGUGAAUUGCUUCAGAAACACCACACGUGGUUCGAUAGGAUAUCCCACUGGAAACAGAAAGAGUAUAAAAACACUAGAAUGAUUAAACACCGUUACGGAGGAUGGUUUCGUGAGUUGGUAACGUGGUGCAUACAAAAGUACCCGUCAAUCUUUUGGUGGACGUUUUAACCCAAUAGUGCCUGAGCAGUUGUACAGCCUGAUGCGUCGCCUGUAAUCAGUGAUACCACGACACUCCUUAAUGUCCCAGGAUAUCUUUCUUAUACGAGAAUCGCAAGAUAUGUGCGAGUCACCAAAUGAUAACACCAACCGAGAUACACUCGCUUAGUGGAAAUUAUGAGAACAUGAGACAUUGAGAAUCGUUUCGACAAGUGAAGAUGGGAAUACCGAAGACACGCCUGCCAGUUGAAGACCAACAUCAGGAGUCAUCCGAAGACCUACGCUUACCAACUGAGGGACUUUGAAGUCUCAGCCAAUGUGCGCGAACCAGUCCCUAGAUCCUAGGGACUUCCGAAACAUCCUUUCCCACUGCGACGUACAGACCGUAUAGAGGAAGUCCCUAGACGAGAACAUCAGGGAGCUUCCGGAACGACCCGGAAAAUCGCAUCGACCAGGAAGACAUCUUGAAGAGGGAGACGAGCUCACGCCUACCACGACUACCAACCCGACGACCUGUUAAUAGACUCGAUAAGUGCGACAUUUAUUUUCAGAGUGUACACACCAAGGACCACUCAGAGGAACGCUUUUUUCACUCGAGGACAUUUUGUACAGUCCCUAGGGAGGAAUUCCUGGGGACGCCAAGUCGAUUAGGCGUUAUCGAUAGCUGGUGUAGAUACUUAGGGGGGGCCCAUCUCGAUCGAUUAGCGAUCGAUUCGGCCCCCUCUCGAUAGUCCUAAGGCUCUUAAAUCCGAGUGCAAUACGACAUCGCUCGCCAGAAGGACGGUGGACACUUUUCGUCGUUGACGUGUAUUUUUUUUUUUUUUCGUUUUCUUUCUUUAGUCCCCGUUUUUGACCACUGACUUGUUCUUGCGUCGACGAGAGAAGUCCGGGUGGGCUGAGAUAAACGUCAUCUGGACAUUCGGUAGAGUUUCGCGACAAAUACACGUGCACUUCCGUACACAUGCAUAGCACAUUGUAUGCAGUGAAAUUUCAUUUUUAUAUAAAAUUUUUAUCACUAAAAAAAUUACUAUAAACAAGUUUUUGAUAAAUUUAUAUUUCAUGGGUGCCAGGACCUUUCGCAUAACCUUCAUAUUCACGUCGUAAAGUUUGAAACGACUCGGUGCACCCAGUUCGGAGAAAAGAUUCAUAAACGAGACCUCUUUAACGCCACUUUCAGAUCACCUUAAGGCCUAUCGUUAGUUAUUACCGAAUCACAAUGCCGUUUAUCAUAUGAAAUCAAGGGCAGUGUUUUCACCAAUUCCCCAAUUAACAGCUCCUCGAAUCCGAGUUUCCAUGGAAGUCUUUAAUCCUUUUAGUACCGAACAACGUUAUAUUUUCGUUUUACAAGUGCUACGCAAUGCCUUAAUUUUAUUUUAUUUUUUUCGGGACUUCUCUCGAUCGACGACUAACACCUCGAGCUUUACUUCAGUCCGGGGAUGCGGAUUUAAGGCAGAGCACUAGAACUUCUUGGGGUAUCGUCGUUAAGGCCAUGUAUUUCGUAUCUAGCGUUUAAGGGGGCGCCUCGCUCCUCUAAUAUAACACGUGUAUGAUACUAUUGAUACUUAUCGGCUAGGGAUGGGAAUAUCUGCUGCGAAUCGGUGUGCCUGGGGGAUAUCUCUCUGUUUGUGUGCGUGCGAGUUUUAUUAUAUAUAUAAAUAUAUAAAUAGGUAAAAACAGAAUAUAGGAGAGGCGCGCCAUGCGCGCGCACGCGCGACUUCGACGUUCGACACCCCGUAGGAAUUUAGAAUCAUAUAAUAUAUUACGGUGAAUAAUUACUAAGCAUAGUCGAGGCGGUUGGUGUACUCAGUACUCCGGGACGGUUUUUUGGAAGUACUUUGAAAGAGAGCAGAUUUUUUUUUAGCGUUUUUGGGCGAGCUCGGUUGACCUAAGUCAUUUGUUAAACCCUCGAUCUCGAGGUGGUCAGUUUUGGACGGUCAAUUUUCAAGAUAUGGACUUAUGUACGCGAUGUUCUUGGAUAGUAAGUUCGUCCUGUGAAUGGUGUUUUAGACGCCAUGAGUCUAUGAUUUUUUUUUGAGAGAGAUUUUUGGGUUUUUAUAAAUUUGUCUUUAUUUUUGAGCAUUUUAUUUGGCCAGUAAUGGCGUAAGGAGUGUUCGUUUUCUCGAUUUUCCGGGACAAGGACCGGAGUUAUGGUGGAACUGAUAAUAACCGAAAUUGUAGAAGAGGGUUCGCUCUACAGAAAGUGUAUAGGCCAAUUUUUUCUAGGCUCAACGGUUCACGGGAUAAAGAGCGUUAAAGUUCGGGAUGACAUCCCGCGGGAAUGCGGUCUGCUUUGACUAUACUUGUUUAUCGAAAAAUUGUCGGAUAAUCGGAGGACUCUUGAUUUUUCGAUUCUUCGAAUUUCAUUCGCUCACGGUUUUAAUGAAUGAUACCAAAGUGACGUUAUUUUUUUUUCCCUUUGCUGUUACGUUCGGAAGUAAACGUAUGAAAAUCAAGCGUAGGGUGUUUUGUUAAUUUUUCUUUUGUACUUUACGUAAAAAAAAAAUGUUCAUACAUAAGUGGUUCAUUCCGGAAACCCUUCAUGUCCAAAACACGACCUAUCUCAAUAUCGCGCGGGUUGUUGCCCUAGGUCAAGGGAAUUGUUAUCCUAGGUUAAGGUAUUCGUUAUGUUAGGUUAAGGGAAUCGCUGGUGGUGAUAAGGUGUUGCCCUAGGUCAAAAGUGCAGUUGCUAUAGGUAAUGUUAAUCCUUCCUUCAGAUCACAAAUAUUGUUAUUUUUGCCCGUGCAUACCCUUCUCUAGCUAAAAAGUAUUGUUGCUUUCGACCAUACAAAUCCCUAGGUCACCAAGCCAUUGUCCUAGGUCAAGCACCAAAUCCUGAACCAGCGAGACCCUUUCCGCAAUCUCGGCAGGUGAAAAACCGAGAACCCAAGAAAAAAAAGAAACGUAACGCACGGUUUAAGAUCCCGGAAUGAGAAACUAAAGAAAGGAAGAGUUAAGGAAAAAA